UGACGAGUUGCAGACUGUUGCAGACUAUUGCGUAAUACGCAGGCUAACCAAUGCAAGGGCUCAUUAGAACGGCUAAAGCCAUCUUUGCCUUUGCUUUUCCCAUCUGUUAAAAAGACAGAUUCCAAAUGAACUGUUGAUAUGUGAUUCCGUCGCGUGUGUGUGUGCUCCACGGGUACAUUAGCGUCUGUCAGUUGCGUGAAGGCAAUCGCUGGGGCUGCGUCACGCGGACAGUCGCCGCGAGAGGGAGGGAUUUAGCAAACGAGACAAUGCUCGCAUUUGUGCUCUCAGCUCGCUCUCGCUCGGUUACCGCUGAUGCACGCGCGGUUGAAGGGAGACGAAAGCGGACAGCUUGAGCCAGGUCGUGGGAGACAGCGACAGCGGUAAGGACGAUCUCCUCGUUGUACGACUUUGCGUGAGGGAGAGCAAAAAGCAGAGGGGCCGGCCUCGGAGACGCCAAGCCCACGUCGCCGGUUUUGGCCCUCACGGGGAAAAAGGCGUCGUACCGGCGGGAGGAGAACGGAAGAGAGGAGUCCGCUCGCGACGCGAUCAAAGACCCGGUGAGCUGCGUCGGUGCGACCGAGUGGGCAAAAGCGAGGGGCGAGCUGACCGUUCGAGAAGGGAAAGACGAAGAAGAGGAGGAGGACAAAGGGAGUCGUAGGCCUGCAGCCCAAACGCAAACAGGAUGACGGAGAAGAAAAUAAGUCUGCCUGCUAAGCUGAUUAACGGGGGCGUGGCUGGCCUGGUUGGCGUGACGUGUGUAUUUCCGAUCGAUCUGGCCAAAACCCGCCUGCAGAACCAGCAGGGCGCCCAAAUCUACAAAGGAAUGUGGGACUGCCUGGCUAAGACAGUACGCUCAGAGGGCUAUUUUGGAUGUUACAGAGGUGCAGCGGUCAACCUCACUCUUGUCACGCCGGAAAAAGCCAUCAAACUGGCCGCUAACGACGCCUUCAGACAAAAGCUCUCCGGAGAUGGGCAUUUGCCCCUCUGGGCGGAAGUUCUGGCAGGCUGUGGAGCCGGGACGUGUCAGGUGGUGGUCACCACUCCCAUGGAAAUGCUCAAAAUCCAGCUACAAGAUGCGGGGAGGCUCGCUGCCCAGCGGAAAGUCUCCACGCCGGCUCAGACUGCCGCUCCGCCAUUAGCGGAACCGCGGGCGGUCCGCUCCGGUGCUCCCCCGCGGACGUCUGCCACCAGCAUCACAGUGGAGCUGCUGAGAAGCCGAGGCCUUGCUGGUCUGUACAGGGGAGCGGGAGCCACCUUGAUGAGGGAUGUCCCUUUCUCGAUGAUCUACUUUCCCUUGUUCGCCAACCUGAACGCACUGGGGAGGGCCGAACACGGACGUCCAGGCGACGUGCGGGCGCGUGCCCCUUUCUGGCAGUCCUUUGCGGCGGGAUGCUCCGCAGGCUCAGCGGCAGCCGUGGCCGUCACACCGCUGGAUGUGAUAAAAACCCGACUCCAAACGUUGCACAAAGGUGACGGGGAGGACAGCUACAGAGGAAUGAUUGACUGCACACGGCGCAUUCUGAGAAGAGAGGGACCGUCGGCAUUCCUGAAGGGAGCAGCGUGCCGCGCACUGGUGAUUGCGCCCCUCUUCGGCAUUGCGCAAGGCGUCUACUUUCUCGGGCUCGGGGAGGCAGCGCUGGGAUCGGUGGGAUAAACGUCCUCGUCAGGGCUCGCGCGGUGUCUGCACGUUUCAUUCGGCGGAGUCGAUCUGCAGUCGAUACAAGGAGGCCACGAUCGACGUGCGGACCCGCCCGCCUUGCGACACGCGGGUCCUGUGCACCGCAUGUUCUGCGUCCCGCGGGGUUUGGAGCUUACUUCUGGACCCAGAUCAUCUUGUCUGGCUCUGUAGAAAAGUGACUGUAUGUUUUUCAGGCUGCUACGCAUUUGUACGGUUCUGAAUCAUUUCCUGUACUCCGCUCAGUUAUACACAUUAAAACACGGGCUCUUCUUUUACAUUCGUCCCACUCCGUCCGCGAGGUCCGACUCGUAAUCUUGGCUUCCCUACCCGGAUCGGGAGCCGCCGCCUGUCAGCAGGUCGUUUGCCCAUCUGACGCUAAUGAUUUAAUCCCCGCAUUCGCGUAGAAAAUAGACUUCCGGCCGAAAAGCCGCACGCUCCUCGGCCACUCUGUUUAAACCUCGCUUCCUCUUCGUCACAGCUCCGGAAGCUUGAAAAUAAUCCCAAGACAAUUGGGCCCAAAAUUCCAAUGGUAAAAGUGUAUGGGGAACAAAAUCAAGGCCGACAGACAAAUGGUCUUGAAUGAUCUGUAAUUUGUCCUGUUGAGCAUUGUGGUCCUGUUUCGUAAAAACAAUUAUGCACUUCAAUUAUCAUACAUUUUAUAAUAUAGAAAACACACAGACGCACACAAUGCUGCCGUUUGUGUAACUCGGUUAGAGUUUUCACAAUAUAGACUAAAGUGUCUGUGCGAAGCAUUUGCUUACUACUUGUAAAUAAAGAUACCAGCGGACUUCUGUGUCGACUUCU